AUGAUUGGGCCAUAAAUGGGCCUUUAAUUGAUAGUAUUGAAGAAGAAUAAGCAAUGGUAAUGGAUGAUGAUGAUUAUUCAGAAGAAGCUCUUUUUCACUGUAAAUCUCAUAAACCCUAAAUCCCCAAAAUGGAAUAAUCAAAUUUUCAUCAGAAGAAGAUCGCUAAAAUCGAAAUCUGCUUGAUCCCGCAACGAAGAAAUGAUAAGAAGAAGACUCUCGUCGAUCAUAUCAACAUCACUCAUCAAUUCUUCGUUUCAUCAAACCGCAAAACCCAGAUUCAUCAUCUCUUCACCACUUCUUCAAUGCCGUCAUUCUCCGAUCUCUACUCAAAUUCCGACCUUUACGAGCAGGGCUUUGUCGUUUCAGGGAAUUAGGGCGUAUAGUUUAUUGAGCUUGAACGAUCUGAGAGACAACGUGCCGAGAAAACUCAAGACGAGGAAAGGUAGAGGUAUUGGGUCUGGUAAAGGUAAAACUGCUGGAAGAGGUCACAAAGGUCAAAAAGCGAGAGGAACGAUGAAGUUUGGUUUUGAAGGUGGGCAAACUCCAUUACGACGUCGUUUACCUAAACGUGGCUUCAAGAACAAGUUUAAGCUCCAUUUCCAGCCGGUUGGUCUAGGAAAGAUCGCCAAACUCAUAAACGCUGGGAAGAUAGAUUCUCAUGAAUUGAUUACGAUGAAAACGCUCAAGGAUGUGGGAGCCAUAGGAAAGCAAAUAGAAGACGGAGUAAGACUAAUGGGUCGUGGUGCUGAUGAUAUCAAAUGGCCACUUCAUUUCGAGGUUUCUAGGGUGACGGUUAGGGCAAAAGAGGUGGUGGAAGCAGCAGGAGGAUCAGUGAGAAGAGUGUAUUACAACAAAUUGGGCUUAAGGGCAUUGCUUAAACCGGAAUGGUUUGAGAAGAAAGGAAGGUUAUUGCCAAAAGCAGCUCGACCACCUCCUAAACAACAAGAUAAGGUCGAUAGCAUUGGACGUCUUCCAGCUCCGAAAAAACCCAUUCCCUUCUUUGCAGCUGAGGAGAACAAAGUUGAGUCUCCUGUUGAAUCAUGAUUUGGGAUUGGCUUCUAACGUUUGAUGUUUCGGUUUAAAGUUGUUUGUGUUGUUUCUUGGUCAAUGUUCGCACUAGAAAAUUGAGAAUGCCGGAUAUUUUUAUUUGACAAAUAAGGUCUUUCUCGUUUUACUUUUUCUGUAUUUGGUCGCAACAAGUUCUUAACCAUUUUCAGACUUCUUGUUUGGGAUCAAGGCCUGUUCUUGAAGAAGGUUGAGGAAACCAGAGAACACUCUACGUUAGAUUUGAA